CAACCAUCCGCGCAUCAAAAUGCUUACAACAAGAUAAAUAGCCGUGCAACUGUUACCCAACCCACGAUAAUAUCCAAAGGACGGAAACAAUUACCAUCAUUACAUACACACCUUAUCCACAAGAAACGUCACCUUUGUUGGGUUUUCGAAAGGGGCGGCCAGGUGGAGUUAGCACCAUUAGCUUAGCCACAAGCUAAUACUGAAAGCACAAUUAUUAGACGCGGUUAACGUAACAACGGAGCGGGAAUACCACUCGACGACGUAUCUUCGCCCGUAUUCCAAAAUGUGUCCUAAAUGAAAGUUGAGGUGGGAACGAACAGGUAGUACAACUCACCCGUCCAUCGCACAUGAACGCGGAACUGCCAAGCAACAGGUUCCCACUGGCCAGCAGCAGUUUCCUGUUAUGGACGGACAAAAUGGCGUCUGACGCGAGCGGGGCUCUGAUUGGACGGUUAGCAAAGCCUGUGGGCGGUUCUUGACCGAGCUGCGAGCUGAUUGGCUGAGCGGGAAAGGGAACAGGAACAAUACUUUGAGUGGUUGAAGAUGAGCGUCUAAAUACAUUCAACAUGACACUUUUCACUUUGUAACGCGACUGGACGUUAUUGACUUGUUUUGGCAUCAGGAGAAACAUAAUCGACACACGCAUUUGGUACACAUUUGUCGAAGUACUCCAGAAUAUUUGGUUUUAUUUACAGGAUAUGCAAAUGCAUCUUCAUUUCAUUCAAAUUCAUUAAAAUGUGUUUUUUUAGCAUACUCCUAACACUGUAUGCAACUAACCAACAGUGCAGUGAGAGUCACGUGAUCAGCACCGGAAAUUUGGGGCUUCCUCUGAUGUGCCGUGACGUCACACAAGGGCCUGCAGGAACGCCCCUGACAUCCCUGAGCUUCCCCAAAUCCAGAUCUGCUCUGUGGGAUGGGAGUCCUGUAGGAGAAAAGCUCUGCCUCCAGCUGUGCUCUCCCAGGAUGCCUCGGCUCCUCCUGCGUGAGAAAGCUCUUCGUCUGGCGCAGCGUCACGCCCGCCGCUGCAAAAAGUCACAUGUUCCCUUCUUCUUCCUGGGCUCCGUCUCCGUGGACGCAGAUGAGGAGGGUGUGACUGUCAAUCUGGAUCGGUUUGAUCCAGGUCGAGACCAACCUGGAACAUCAGAUCGCGUUCCCACUGUUUUGAUACCGGGAGAUGUCCUGGUUCCGUGUGUGUUCUCCUCUCAGAAGACAUGUGACGACAACGUCCAAUCCGAGGCCGAGCUGUAUUCCUCCUCCUCUGACUUGCAGCGCUACGUCAGCGGCCGACAGACCCUCGAUCUGUCUCAGCUCAUAAAGGUCAAGGGUCGUAUCAACUGCCAACUGCUGGCCGACACGGCGCUCUUCGAUCUCAGCUGGUCGUAUGUCUGCCCGUCCACCUGCCUGGACGUCCAGCCGGUCCGAGCCAUCCCCGUCAUUCCCACGGCGCUACACAGGAGUCUGACCAGCUUGGGCCGGGUGCCGCCCACCAAUCACCAGCGAGGGUUUCUGACCAUGGAUAAGACCAGGAAGCUGGUUUUGGUGCUGGAAUCUGACCCCAAAGCCUCCAAGAUGCCGCUGGUCGGGCUCUGGAUGAGUGGCGUCAUCCACGUGUGCAAUCCUCAGGUGUGGGCCUGGUGUCUGCGGUUCCUCUUUAGCUCCGCCCUCCAGGACAGGGUACUGUCAGAAAAUGGCUCUUUCCUGCUCGCCAUCUUUGGCUCCACCCACAGAGCCCCUCAGUUCUUCCAGUGUCGAGGUUCUGAUUCUGGUUCUGACAGUGGCCAAAUGGACUGCCGGUUGUUAAGCGCCACCGAAGCUGUCACGCUCUACCAGGAGGUGAAACCGGCAGACCAGCAGACUUUGCACUUUAAUUUGAGUCCAGAAGGCCGCGUGAGGCGGAUGCAAGCGCUCCGACACGCUCAGGGCUCCUUCAGCAGUGGAGCUCCGCCCCCUGCCGUCCUGUCCAUCAGUAACCACGACUCGGGAGUGGAGGACGAUGACGGCUCACCGCGACCUUCGCGCAGUCCGCACUUUCCCGCUCAACAGAUUCUACACGUUCAGCCGUCUGUUCCAGAACUUUCCCUGUUGAUUGAAAACAGUUUCAUCUCCAAUCACAACCUGCAGCAGGACACGGACUGGUCGCCCCACAACCAGCCCCCUCCUUCAGAAAACGCCCCCUCUUCUGCUCCUCCCGCCCACCUCCACAGCACCCCCAUCGCUGACCUCCCGCGGCCGUGCACCUGUUGCCCCGCACAUGCACACGAAUGCACGCCGGUGGUCCCAUCUGUGUUCCACGGCCCUACCCAAACGUCUGCCCCUUCCAGUCUUCACCCUGCUCCUUUUCCUCUGCCGGACUCCGCAGAGAAGUCCGGCACAUGCCCGCUUUCCUGUUCCGCCGUCCUUCCUGUUCCAGUCCCGGAGAACCCUCCCUUCCCUAACCCUGCUUCUCCCACAUUACUCGCCUGCCAGUGCUCGAAAGGACCACAGGCGGGGGGGAUUUCACUUGACGUUUAUGUGCAGCAGCUCUACAUCCUGCAGGCUAAGGUCGAAAAGCUAUUGGAGAAUCAGGGCGACCCACCGGCCCCCAAGACCGUGACCAGUAUCGCCGUGGAAACGGGCGCCAGUCUCUAUUGGGGGGAUCAGACCCCUCCGACUCCUAUCAGCGAACCUCACGCUCCGGCAGGCAUCAUUGAGGACACCGCUCUCAUCGACCGCGAGGAGCGCAGCUGGCUGUUUAAGGAAGACAUCAUGCCCGUGAUGUUGCAGAGGUUCUCCCCAGACUCUCCCAUGUUUGACAACAACAGGUCCAUGGAGACCUGGAAUUACUUGACAAAAGUCAGGCGACAGACUAAAAGAGGCAGAGCGCAGCCCCCCACGCAGAGUCAGCUGUUUAGAGAGGAGGAUGCGAUCCAAAAUGCAGCUUCUGAACUGCAACUUCAACGAGGACAAGGAAAACACCGCUGCUCGCAAGCCAGUGGGGAACGUGCUAGACCAGGACCAACUCACACAGCUACCCAACAACAUGUCCGUGGACACCCUGAAUUUCUUGACCAAAGUCCAGAAAAAGACGUCUGCGAAUUGCCGCUACGCCGGCGACAGACCGGAAGAGGCAGAGCGCAGCCCCCCACGCUGAGUCAGCUGUUUACGGAGGUGCGAUCCAAAAUGCAGCUUCUGAACGCCAACAACGAGGACAAGGAGAACACUGCUGCUCGCAAGCCAGUGGGGAACGUGCUAGACCUGGACCAACUCUCACAGCUACCCAAUUUCCUUUGAGCUCACCCUCGCGUGAUUUUAUGUUUUAUUGAUUGUACAAUAAAGUUGAUUUGGUUUGA